UACCUACUGCACGACUUUAUAGGUCUACUUCGCAUCUCAGCUCAGUACCUAACCUAACACUAAUUAAUUUCUCCUCAAGCUUCACCCUUAGCUUAAAAGCACUUCAUAUAUUCUCUAUAUUCUCUAUCCUCUGUCCUCUAUCUUCUAUAGCACGGCCAAUGUUAUGAGACUAUGUAAAGCACUGCGGCAGAACGGUGCCAAAUCUAACCAAUUCAAAAUAUUUGCCCCGCGUUUGAAUUGUCGGCACUUUGCAGAUGAUCGAGCUCAGCAUGGCAAUGCACAGCUCGCAAGCGAUCGAGACGAUGUUUUCAAGGUUCACCCAGAAACUAAGACGGUGAAAACAGUCGUCGGCGAGCUACCCCUAUCUCCCGUCAUGGACCCUACAUAUUGGGAAGCUGUUAGGCGGCACCAGGUUCCUAAAGCGAAGCCUGGAAAACCCCUGAACUCAGUCGAGCGUCAACUUCGGGCCAAUCCGUUCGCCAAAGCUCUGGCAACGAAGUUGCGAAUGUGCUCGUUGACUCGCACGCGGCUACCCAGCUCCCUUCUUCAAGACUUUACCAUCCUCGCCCACCCCGAAACUGGUGACCCAUGGUUCGUUCCGCGUAGUCUGAUACCCGACGAACCUCCCGCCGGUGACGAGGCGGAUACACAAGGUAUAGCAGAAGCCUUGAAUGAGGUAGAGCGCGAACAAGCAGAGAAAGACAAGGAUGUGGCUUCCGCGACUACUGCUUCGACAAACGAUGGCCAACUACAAGGUCCGACUGUUUAUUGUUUAGCAAGACAGGAUCUAAUCUCCUCGAUUGCUGUUAAGGGGACCGGUUUCGACCACGGCGCCAAGCGAAUGGCAGGAGCCACUCCGCGGUAUAGGUCUCUAGUGAACAAAGUUGUCUGGCGCCAGGAUAUGGACAGCUGUAUCCUAGACAUGAUGCGACAGGGAAUCGUGGACGACAUCUUGUAUCUCUCCAGGCUUUGUGCCGAGGAUAAGCGCUACUAUAUCGUGAAGUGCUAUGGUUGGGAUGACGUAAAAUACAAGCACAACGGCGCCAUACUUUGGUUCGGGGAGCCGGAUGAGGACGUGAAGGCGGGUCAGACUCAUAGCCAACCCGGCCCGUUCGCCACGUUCGGUGUUCAGAAGGUAGAUAUUCAAGGAGAGACGUACACCACGAGCGUCGCCGUGCACAAUAUGCCUAUGCUUCUAGGGAGCGAGCAAGCAAAUUGUAUCAAAAAAGAGGCACCCAGCCUGAAAGACGGUUCUAUCUUCAUGCUUGCCGGGCGGCGAACAACGAACCUUCAGCUCAAACUUUGGAAGUUGCAGGGCUACCUAGCCGACUAUACGAAGAUAUGAUGAUGUUAUACAAUGAAAUUAGAUCUAUCUUCGCACCGGCUUUUAAGUGACUUCGGGGCUCCGACUGGAUAUCGAUGCUAUUGUCAUUGUUACGAGGCUCUAAUCGUAUUACACCCAAAUGUCAAUUCAAUGAAUCUGGACUUGCGUGUAUCAUACAACCAACUCAGAACUGGGUUACUUAGGUAGUUUUGGUCUCAAUUAAUAUCUAGGCACCUAUUUGAUAUUUCCUUAAGUUAGUAGGAGAUAUGAGUCACAUUUAUCCUACUGAGAAUUUAGGAUGAGAAGAGCUGUAAAAAGUCUAUGGCCUUGAGAUUACUCCUGUAUAAGUUAAUAGCAAAACAGGUCCUUAUAAACCCAAGAGACAAACGGGAAUAAUAGACUCCUUCUCGCUUCAACGCUUAAUAUACA